CGUCGUAUGCAUCAUGAUGAUAAGUGAAAUAGUAAAAUCAGUAAAUAAUACGCACGAUUGACCUGGUGAAGAGCCAGUUUAGAAAGAAGGGAACACAAGACCGCACCAAUCUAUGAUGAGGGGCAUCGACAUCACCACCCCACGACGUCAACCUACCUUCUAAACAUCUACCGUACCUAGAUCUCGUCAUUGUAUACCAACUCAUCAUUCCACUAGGUGUUCAAUUGCCUCGAAUCUGCACGAAUAGACCCCCCAAACCCCCUCCCUUCCUCCCAUCACCUAAACACAACCAUGCCUCCAACAAACCUCCUCGCCGGCAAAACAGCCAUCAUAACAGGCGGCACAACAGGCAUCGGCCGCGCCAUCGCCCUCGAAUACGUCAAACAAGGGGCCAACGUAGUAGUCAACCACCUUGGUCUCGCGCGCGACGCUCCACACCUCGCCUCGCUGCUCUCCUCAGCAGAGUCCAUCCGUCCCGGUUCGCUCUCCCACAUCCCAGGCGACGUAUCCGACCCGUCGACGGGCGCGGCGCUCGUGUCGCACGCAUCAUCGCUGUACGGCGGGCGAAUCGACAUAUGCGUCUCGAACGCCGGAAUUUGCGCCUUCGCAGACUUCCUCACGCUGACCCCCGACCUGUUCUCGCGCACCGUGCGCACGAACCUCGACGGCGCAUUCUACAUAGUGCAAGCCGCGGCGCGGCACAUGUCGUCCCAAUCGCCGCCGGGGGGCUCUAUAAUCGGGAUAAGCAGUAUAUCGGCCCUCGUCGGCGGCGGGCAGCAGACGCACUACACGCCCACGAAGGCCGGGGUCACAAGUCUCAUGCAAUCCUGCGCCGUGGCGUUGGGGAAGCACGGGAUACGGUGUAAUGCGCUCUUACCGGGGACUAUUAAGACGCAGUUGAACGAGGAGGACUUGAAUGAUGACGGCAAGAGGGCGUAUAUGGAAGGGAGGAUCCCGCUGGGCAGGACGGGGGUCCCGGGGGAUCUGGCGGGCCCUGCGGUGUUUCUUGCGUGCGAGGAGUUGAGUGGCUAUGUCACUGGUGCGCAGUUGCUUGUUGAUGGGGGUUUGUUUGUGAAUUUGCAGUGAAAGGGGGAUUGCAAUUGGGCCAAGAAAACCGCAUAUAUCUAAGCAAGGCGUUCGCGAAUCAAUUGAUCACAGCCAAUUAAUGAUAUGCUAUGACACAUGCCAGACAAAA